CAAGAAAAAUGGGUUUGGCACUUCCAUUAAUGCUCUCUAAGAGCUUAAUGUUGUCGUCCUUUUUGCUGAUGCAGCUCCUUCUGCAGCUUUCUAUAAUCCCAAGCAUAUCAGCAGCGAUGACAGCUCCUUGGCCGAUGGCUUUGCCAGGAUGCCCUGACAAGUGCGGCAACAUCAGCAUACCUUACCCUUUCGGUAUUGGGCCCAACUGUUUCCGCAUAGACGUCUACGAGAUUUAUGAAGAGCCUUACCAAAUCACAUGCAAUAACAGUUUCAGCCCGCCGAAAGCUUUCCUGCAAACAGGCAACGUCGAGGUGAUCGACAUCUCCAUCUCUCCAGCUGAAGUACGUGUGUACAAUUCGAUAGCCCGCAAUUGCAUAAAAAAGAGGUCGGUGGACAGUUUCUCCGCAAGCAUCACUAUUCACAUGCCUUUCCGGUUCUCAAACAGGCGGAACAAGUUCACCGCGCUUGGCUGUUACACCCUCGCGUACUUUGUGGGUGAGACCGAGCAACAUUUCAGCAGUGGGUGCGCCUCAUUUUGCGACAGUCUGGAAAGCACAACAAAUGGCUCAUGCGCAGGAAUAGGCUGUUGCCAGACAGCUAUACCGAAGGACGUGAACAAAUUCGAGAUGCAGUGGGGAUUCAAGACCAACCCGGUGUCGAAUGUCACUCCCUGUAGCUAUGCGAUGUUGGUAGAGGACGAAUGGUACGAUUUUACUUCAUCCGACCUCUUGAGAUUUGAUUCAAAAAACAAGAAUGGGGUCCCUGUGGUGCUGGACUGGGCCAUCGGGGACCUUACGUGCCAGGUGGCAAAAGGGAAGCAGAACUACGCGUGCCGUAGUAAGAACAGUGACUGCUACGAGUCAGCCAUUGGGGUAGGCUAUCUCUGCAAUUGCUCAAAGGGCUACAAGGGUAAUCCCUAUCUCGACAACGGAUGCAUAGAUAUCAAUGAAUGUGAGCAUCCGGAUCAGUACCCUUGCCAUGGGAAAUGCACCAAUACACCAGGGGGUUAUAACUGCACAUGCCCACAAGGCACUCGAGGAAACCCGUUGUAUGAAAACUGCACGAGAAUUCCAGAAAAAUUCCCCUUCGCGGCCAAGUUGGCUGUAGGUGCUAGCAUUACUGCCACCAUUGCCCUGGCUCUUUGCUCUUUAACAAUUAUAAAGUUGCAAAAGAGAAGGCACAAGAAAGAAAAAGAUGAGUAUUUCAAACAAAAUGGAGGUCUCAGAUUAUACGAAGAGAUGCGGUCGAGACAAGUUGAUACAAUUUGCAUAUUUACAGAAAAGGAUCUAGAGAAGGCAACAAACAACUUCGACAAGGAAAGAAUCCUUGGCUGUGGAGGUCGUGGCAUGGUUUUCAAGGGGAUCUUGGAGAACAACAGAGAAGUUGCCAUUAAGAAAUCUAGAAUAGUUGACGAAGACCAAAAAGAAGAAUUCGUAAAUGAAAUAAUUAUUCUUUCUCAGAUCAAUCAUAAGAAUGUCGUUAAGUUAUUGGGUUGUUGCUUAGAGGUAGAUGUCCCCAUGCUGGUCUAUGAUUUCAUCUCCAAUGGUACUCUUUUUGACUUUCUUCAUGGCAACACUAACGCAAUUUCUCUGGAUGCCCGCCUAAAGAUUGCUAUGGAAUCUGCAGCAGCACUUGCUUAUCUGCAUUCUUCGACCUCUCGCUCUAUCCUCCAUGGUGAUGUCAAGUCUCUUAACAUACUCCUAGAUGAGAACUACGGGGCAAAAGUAUCAGACUUUGGAGCAUCAAAAUUAGUACCAUUGGAUGAAGCUGAAUUUGUCAUGUUUGUCCAAGGGACUCUAGGUUACUUAGACCCUGAAUGCUUAUACAACCACCAAAUAACAGAAAAAAGCGAUGUUUAUAGCUUCGGGGUUGUACUCUUAGAGCUUAUUACAAGGAAGAAGGCGAUUUAUCGUGAUGGCACCAAUGAAAGGAAAAGUUUAGCAUCGAGCUUUGUUUCAGCAGUAGAUCAAAACAAACUAUGUGAUAUCUUAGAUGAUCAAAUUGUGGAGGAAGGAGUAAUGGAAGUGCUCCAAGAAUUAGCAGAACUUGCCAUGCAAUGUCUUCAGUUUAAAGGAGAAGAGAGGCCUACAAUGAAGGAAGUUACCGAAGGCCUACAAAUACUGAUAAAAUUCAAAUGUCACCCAUGGGGACAAAAGAAUUCUGAAGAGACAGAGAGCUUGCUUGGUGGUGAAUUGCCAACACACACUGUACCAGAUGCGGUGAUGUAUCAUAGCCAAGAGGACAGUGCAAUGCUCAAUAUAGAGGCUGGGAGAUGAUCAAUUGUAAGCCUAUGAUAAAGAGCAGAUCUAAUACCGCUUUAACUUGAUUUGUUUUCUUUGUAUUUCUUCUAUUUGGUUGUUUUAAUCGGUUUUAUUUCGAUAGCAAUUCGUCAUUCAGUUUUUGAUGAAGUUGAAUUAGUUGUUUUAAUAUAGUUUUAUCAGGCUGGGAGAUGAUCAUAAAAGCUUAAGCCUAAACUACCAGUAUCGGCAACACAGUUAUAAUUAUACUAAACACUCUGCACCAUGCCCAGGAAAGCACAAUUACAGUUUUUAUGUGACAAUUGUAAUAGUGAUGUUUAAGGAGUGAA